UCGCAGCUAAAUAGAAUAAAAAUAUCCAACCCAACAUUCCCGGACAGCCAUCAUCCUGAAGGGGACGAAAAAACAAUUAACGCCGGCCGAUCUUUUUUUUGCUUUUUCCCGUUUAAGAUGCGAAAAUAUUUUACUUCUCACAGCUUAUUCAGGUCGCGGUAGCUAAACAUCAAAUCCUGUCCCAGGGAACAGGGAACUAAGUAGAUAGGAGGUGGCAACACGAGAAGCGUCAAAUCCCAGAAAAUUAAAUCCGGAAGCUGACAUAAAGUUGACACACUGAAAUCGCGAGUGGGUGCGUGCGAAAAAUUACCAACAAACGCGAAUAAUUUUCCGCCGCUAACGGAAGUUGUGCUGCUGCGGCCGCCAUCAUUGAAGAAUCCUCAUCGUUUGAACCUUUUUGUUCGGUUCGUCCUAUUUAUGUUUGGUCCGGAAAAUAUUAUUUAGUGAACAGUUCGGGAAAUUACCCCAGAAAACAAAAAGAAAAACGAAACCAAGUUUCCCGGAACGGUUUUUUUUUUUCUCGGUUGUGUCUUUACUUUGUCGUGAAUCGUAGCACGGAAGUUGCCAGUUAGUAGAAAAGCACCUGAAAUGCAGCUCCCAGAUGUGACAGUCGUGAAGCUGCUCAGCACCUGCCUUCUGUUCUGUCAUUAUUGUCUCUCGUUGGUGGCCGCCCAACAGCAGCAGUUUCCGGGAUGUGAUUACUAUCAGGACAUUGCCGCCGGCAAAUCAUAUGCCAUCUUUUCACCCAAUUAUGGUAAUCUGUAUCCCGCCGGAGUGAACUGUCGCUGGAUGCUGGGAACCACGCCGGGAUCUCGCAUCGCGCUGUCCUGUCCGGAUGUUUACAUUCCACAGAGCACCUACUGCUACUACGAUAAGCUGCUCGUGUCCACCGGUGGCAAAUCGGACCUGUCGGAUGCCCGCGCCUACUGUGGCACCGGAACACUGACCUCGAAUUCUACCGGAAGCGCCAUGGUGAUAUCGCUACAAGCCGCGGCCAACAGCUACGGGGGGCGCUUUUAUUGCACAGCUACCAAAAUCGACUGCCAGUGCGGCAUGAAGCGGAAGAAAAAGAUUGUCGGAGGAAUGGAAACUAUGGCCAACGAAUAUCCGAUGAUGGCGGCUCUCGUCGAUGUUUCAAACAAACUUGGAAUUUUCUGCGGAGCAACUAUAAUUACCAAUUACCAUGCAAUGACAGCUGCCCAUUGCCUGCUCGGGCACAGGAUAACUGAUUUAACCCUUUUGGUCGGUGAACACGAUGUGUCCUCAGGACUGGACUCGAACUACACAACCCUGCUCUGGAUUUCCUCAAUCAAAUACCACGAGGCGUACGAUCAGAUUACCGGCCUCAAUGACAUUGCCAUCGUGCGGACCCAAAAUGUGAUCCCUUUCUCGGCCGGAGUCGGCCCGGUUUGUCUUCCGUUCAAAUAUGGACCCACCCAAGGAUUCACCGGCAUUAACAUCGAGGCCGUCGGUUGGGGUUCAACCGAUUUCGCGGACCCCAAAUCGAACGUUUUGCUCAAAGUUGAGCUUCCGGUCGUGGAUCCCAGCUUGUGCUCGGCGACCUACAACAAUUUUAACUCCACUAGUCAAAUUUGUACCCUGGCUUCCGGCAAAGACACCUGCCAGUAUGAUUCCGGUGGACCGCUACUCUAUACCGAUUACUAUAACGGACUGGUUUAUUCGGUGGGAAUCGUCAACUAUGGAAUGGCCUGUGCUACCGAAGAUCCGAGCGUCAGUAUCAAGGUUGCGAACUACAUGGAUUGGAUUGUGAAGAACACUCCUGAGUGGACCUAUUGUUAUCAAUGAUGUACAUCAAUAACUGAAUAAAUGUUAUUUC